UGUGGAGAUGCGUGUUGAGCCAGGCGAAGUGGUGACGGUAUUGAGAUACCCUUGGCGAAACAUAGGAUGAAAAUUCAAUUAGACUGGGAACCAAUCAAAUGAAGAAGCUUAGCGCAAUUGAGUAGAGAAAAAAUUAAAUUGUUAUUGUGCAGUUGUGAGAAACUAUUGUAGAUAGCUUCGUCUAACUCUAUUAGAACAAGAUGUGAUCCAUUUAAACACUGGGGCAUUUGGUCGAUAGUAUAUAGGUCUAAUGGUGCUAUGAGAAAAGGUUUACAUAUCAUAGAAUUGUAGUUUCAGAUAUCAGAUCCUACUUCUAUAUGGUGGGUCCCAAAGGGAGCAUCCGAGCCUCUUCUACUUGUACCACAUCUUAAAAGUUGACCUUGGAGCAACUGAUAUUGGAGGAGGAUUAGAUGUUUAGGCAGUAGGUGUUUGAUUGCACAAGACUGACCCAAAAUCUUUAAUCGUGUAUGAGUAUAUCUCUCUAUUUACUACGGUACCAUUACAAGCGAACAAUUGAGGGAACAAUGUGUAAUCAAGGACUGGCCAUCCUGCCCAUUGCGUUAGGUUUGCUAACAUUUGCGACUGUCCUGACCACAUACAUCAUAGCUCUUGUAAAAGGGGAUGUGGAGGCUAUAUUUCCCUAUAUAAGUGACACUGGUACAAUAUCUCCUGAAAGUUGUAUUUUUGGCCAAUUCCUGAACAUAUCUGCUUUCUUAGUUUUACUGACAAUCUACGUGCGUUACAAGCAAGUAACAGAGUAUAACAAAGACGAAGAUGCUAGACUCCGAGUACUCAGUCGCGUAGGCUUAGGGAUUGGAUUCUUCAUAGCAGCAGGUCUCUCAAUGGUGGCAAACUUUCAGGAACUUGUAAUAGAGCCAGUCCACCUUACAGGGGCCAUGUUGGUGUUUGGUGGGGGUGUGUUGUAUGGCCUUCUUGACUCAUCUGUGUCGUAUCGUAUGCACCCAAGCCGUAAUGGCAUAUAUAUAUGUAGGGUUAGACUCACUCUAUCUCUUCUUGCCUUGAUAUUUUUGAUCACAACAUUUGUAGCAGGUGUUAUAUCCAGGGAGGCAUGGUCAGGUCUGAAGGAACAUGACCAUAGGAAACUGCAUUGGAAACCCAAUGACCCAGGCUAUGCUGCACAUAUCACAAGUACAACAGGCGAAUGGUGUCUCGCAAUAUCAUUCCUGCUAUAUUUCUUUACCUACAUAAGAGACUUCCAGAAAUUCCACAUAGAAAUCAAGGGCCAUUGUUUGGCGCAACACUUAGAUGAAGAGGUGUUUAUUGAACAGACGAUUCAUGGACCAACAGAGACAAGCCGCCUCCUUGCUUAACACAAAUUAGAAAUUGGAGCAAAAAUCAUGAUUCAUGCUUUAAUGCUUUUGUUAGCAGUUUGGAGAUUUCAGCAUUAGACAAUAGACAUGUAUGUUACAUUGGACAGUGAAACCAUCUAGCAAUGGAAUACCUCUUAAGUGGAACACUUCUAGCAAUGGAACACCUCUUAAGUGGAACACCUCUAGCAAUGGAACACCUCUUAAGUGGAACACCUCUAGCAAUGGAACACCUCUUA